AUGGUGGCGGCCGUAGUGGAGAAGCUCUCCUGCAUGUUAAAGGACCCUUCCCCUCACAUCCCUUUCUCCCGGGCUGCUGCUUUUGACUCUGUGUGGUCGAUCCUCGGGAGAAUCAGUCAGUCCUUCUCCACCGAUGACCUGCAGAGCCCUUUUUAUACGAGCUCUGUUUGUGCCUUUGUGGCGGACGAGGUGCAGAGCUGCUUCCAGCCCCCUGCAGCCACCCUACCAGUCCCCACUGUCCUCGCGGUGGCCGCUUCCACCACACUACCAACUGACAUCCAAGCAGACAUCACCACUAACACAGAGACAGAUCAGGCUUCUUUCCACCUGAAUGUUGUGGACAUCACCAGUAACACAGAGGCAGACCCAGGUUCUUCCCAUCUGAAUGUUGUGGACAUCACCUCUAACACAGAGGCAGAUCCGGCUUCUUCCCACCUGAAUGUUGUGGACAUCGCCUCUAAUACAGAGGCAGACCCGGCUUCUUCCCACCUGAAUGUUGUGGACAUAACCCCUAAUACAGAGGCAGAGCCCAUCUCUUCCCUCUUGGAGGUUGUGGACGUCACACCUGAAGAAAGGACUCUCACGAUGGCCGUCUUCGCCACUCUGCCAGCUGACAUCCAAGCAGAGGAUGUUGCUGUGGUCAUCCCGGAUGUCACCCCACACGUCACCAAGGACGUAACACUGGAUGUUCCAUGCAGAGCUAGGAAAGGGGCAGUCCGGCGAUUAUUUUGCAGGCUUUGGAGGGCAGUGUGCUGCUGCGCCUGCCACAAGGAAGAGGAGGAACAAUAUUAAUUAUUCAUCACACCUGCAGAAAAGGGAUUGAACCAUAGAGCAUUAAAUGAUUCACAUUAUAAUUGAACUCAAUUCUGCUUUUCUUCUGUUUACUACUUAAUUUCUUAACUUUUCUAUAAACUUUCACUUUGCAAGUGUGGAUUAGGUUGUGUAAAUAAGUGGGACACAUCCCAAUGUUGAUGCUUUGAAUAAUUUGCUUUGU